AUGGCGGAGUUCCCGGCGCUGAACGGGCAGAGCGUGUCGUACGCGGUGCUCUCGUACGGGCCGGGCUCCAUCAACCCCACGCACACUCACCCGCGCGCCUCCGAGCUGCUACUCGUCCUCGACGGCGCGCUCUCCAUCGGCUUCGUCGACACCGCAGGCAAGCCCUUCACGCAGGACCUCGCCGCCGGCGACUUGUUCGUGUUCCCCAAGGGCACCGUGCACUGGCAGUACAACAGUGGCACCCAGCCUGCCAAGGCGCUGUCCGCGUUCGAGAGCGCCGCCGCGGGGCUCGUCUCCCUCCCCGCCACCCUGUUCGGCGCCAGCGACAUCGACGACGUCGUGCUGUCCAAGUCCUUCAAGACCGAUGUGGCCACCAUCCAGAAGCUGAAGGCAGGCCUCUCCCCGAAGCCAUGA